AUGGCCUUUGAUUGCGUUUCGCCCCAAAAGUCACGUAUGAAGAUAUAUGCCAGGUGUCCAGAUAUAAGACUGGCAAGCGUCAUGAGAAUUAUUAGUAUCUUUGUGGAUAAUUCUAAAAUUACAAACGGUCUAGAAGAGCUUCGAAUGUUGUGGAAUCUGGUUUUCACUUGUGUUGAUCAGGGUCAAGCCGGGCAUGUUCCCUACAAAGCGCAUAUCACUUCGGGAAUCCUCUAUCACUUUGAAGUUCGUCCCAGUAGCUUUAAAGUAACUGCAAAGGUCUAUCUCCCGGUAAAACAUUACGCAAAGGAUGAUCUCUUUAUUGCUAAAGGACUCCAAACAUUCUUCAACAAACGCAGAGGUUCACAAGACCAGAGUGCAAGGGAUUUCAUGGGUGUGCUGGAUAAAAUGUGUACUUACCGUUGUCUUGAAGCUACCACUGGGCUACAAGCGUACAUUUCAUGCAAAAUUGAGAAUGACUCUUUGGAAAUUACCUCUUAUUUGAGUCCCGAGAUAUACAAUGAUAGGCGUUGGUCGCACGGGAAACCUACCAUAUAG